CUGCAUCUCCAUCUUGUUGAUUGGAUUUUAGGCGGAGUAAGCUUGCCACGAGAAGAUAUUUAUGUGGAGCAUUCCACAGACGUUGAGAAUUCAACCCUGAAUAUCUCCACGAAUCCGUACAAUCCUAGCACCGACAACGAGACGUCUACAAAUCUAGAGGAAAGCGACACAACUAGUGUGCCACCUGGUUCACAGCCCAUAAACGAAGCUAUGUUGAAGCCUAAUGAUGAUGCUGAUCAUGAUCCACCUGCUUGCCAAAGUGAGAACGGCGAAGAGGAAGAAGCAGAAUCGAUUCGACCUACAUUGAUAUUUCUUUCGAAUAACGUCUUUAACUUUGAAUCUGCGUUCAAACGGAUUUGCGAAUUAUUUGAGGAAGAAAGUUCAAAUAAGGCUGAGAAUCAUCUGAUUACUAAAUUCCGCAUAGAUAUGUCAUCUAGAAAUACGGUCCGAGCACUUGGAGCUUUGUUGAAAUAUAUGGAUUCGGCGCGUGUUGGGGUCGAAUUUGAAACCGCUAACAUCCGUACACCAAUAACUGCUAUUAAGACCAUAUCUGUUGAUGAAAUGGUUGAAAUUGAUAGUGGUACUUAUCUUGCUUUGGAUAUAUUUUUUCCUGAGGAACACAAGGUUAUGCCUUUCGGUCCUUACCGAGGGAAAUUGUAA